AUGCCAUAUAAAUCUCGCUGGACAAUCGACAUCCCAGACAUCCAUCUAGCCUCUCUUCUCCUCAAAUCCCCCACAGCCCCUCUCUCCAAAACCCACAAGAACUACCUCGAAGCAGCCCGCCCAGAAACCCACUACCUCACCACCCAUGAUCUCCGCCUCUGGAGCCAGCGGUUCGCCGCAGGUCUCCGCAAAUCCGGACUCCAACCCGGCGACCGCGUCCUCCUCUUCUCAGGCAACGACCUCUUCUUCCCCGUAAUAUUCCUAGGCGUGAUAAUGGCCGGCGGAAUCUUCACCGGCGCAAACCCAACCUACGUAUCCCGCGAACUAGCCUACCAACUCCACGACAGCGGCGCCACAUACCUCCUCUGCGCGCAAAGCAGUCUAGAAACCGGCCUCGAAGCAGCCAAACAAGCCAACCUCCCCACAAGCCGCGUCUUCGCCUACGACAGCUCCAUCUACGACGGCGUCCCAGCCCCGCAAGACAGCUGCGCGUACUGGAGCGACCUCGUCGCUUCAGAAGAAGAAGGCACCGCCUUCGUCUGGGACGAGCUGGAUACACCAACCCUCUCGUCGCGCACUCUGGCACUCAAUUACUCAAGCGGGACAACGGGUCGUCCCAAGGGCGUCGAGAUCUCGCACAAGAACUACGUCGCCAAUAUGCUCCAAUACUGUCACACGGCUAGUCUGCAUCCGGAUUACAAGGGUCGUCUGCAGCGCUCGCGAUGGUUGUGUUUCUUGCCUAUGUACCAUGCGAUGGCGCAGAAUAUCUUCAUUGCUGCUGCGCUUUACCGUGCCACGCCCGUGUAUCUCAUGGCGAGGUUUGAGUUUGUCAAGAUGUUGGAGUAUACGCAGAAAUUCCGGAUUACGGAUUUUAUUCUCGUGCCGCCGGUUGUUGUUGCGUUGGCCAAGCAUCCUGCUGUUAAGAUGUAUGAUUUGAGUAGUGUUGAGUUGAUUGGGAGUGGUGCUGCGCCGUUGGGGAGGGAGGUUUGUGAGGAGGUUGAGAGGUUGUGGCCUCCUGGGAAGAUUAAUAUUAAACAGGGAUGGGGGAUGACUGAGGCGACUUGUUCGGUUACAGGAUGGGUUCCUACUGAAAUUAGUACUUCUGCAUCAGUCGGUGAGCUCAAUGCCAAUUGUGAGGCGAAGAUUAUGCUUGAUGGAUCCGAGGUGACCGAACGGAAUUGUCGUGGCGAGUUAUGGGUUCGAGCUCCGAAUGUGAUGAAGGGCUACUGGCAUAACGAGAAGGCCACGAAAGAGACCAAAACGGCGGAUGGUUGGCUUCUGACGGGGGAUAUUGCAUUUGUGGACGAUCAUGACAAGAUCCAUGUGGUGGAUCGAAUGAAGGAAUUAAUCAAAGUCAAAGGCAAUCAGGUGGCGCCCGCUGAGUUGGAGGCUCUUUUACUUGAACAUCCGGCGAUCUCAGAUGUCGCAGUGAUCGGAGUUGUCAUCAAUAACAAUGAGCAUCCUCGCGCAUAUGUGGUGCUUAGAUCUGGCCAAUUCGCCACUGCCAACGAGAUCGCGCAUUACUUGGACAACAAGGUCUCCGCGUUCAAGCGGAUUACCGGCGGAGUUGUAUUCCUCGAUGCGAUCCCAAAGAAUCCAUCCGGCAAGAUCCUUCGCAUGAAAUUGCGUGAACAGGCCAAAGAGGAGCUGAAGAGUGUCACUGCCAAACUCUAG